AUGCUCUCUUUAGUGGGGGAAGCAGAAAAUCACAGUACAACCUUCACAUACAAUUCAACCGUCAUCGGUGGACAUAUAGAAGGAAAUGAGAUUUGUCUCCAUAUAUCAGAAACAAAGAGUCUUAAAGAAUGGAAUGAGACAUCAAUUUUGCAACCAGAAUUAUUACUUAUUCCUAAACUUGUAGUAAACUCUGCAGGCCUUAGUGCCCCUGCCCUUGCAAAAAGAUUUACCGGCCUACAAAACCGAGUUAUUCCUCCUGCCUAUUAUGCACGUGGUUGCUACUUCACGUUGUCGAGUACGAAAGCUCCUUUCAGACGUUUGAUAUAUCCUAUACCGGAGGACGGUGGACUCGGAGUGCAUGUUACUUUAGACUUGAACGGUCAGGUCAAAUUUGGUCCGGAUGUCGAAUGGAUCGAUGGUGUUGAUGAUAUCUCAAGCUUUCAAAAUAAGUUCGACUACUCAGUGCAUGCAAACCGCGCCGAGAAGUUUUAUCCAGAGAUAAGAAAAUACUAUCCAAAUCUAAAGGAUGGAUCUUUGGAACCAGGAUAUUCGGGGAUCCGACCUAAACUUUCAGGACCCUGUCAGUCACCUGUUGAUUUUGUUAUACAGGGAGAGGACAUUCAUGGGAUACCUGGACUUGUUAAUCUUUUUGGAAUUGAGUCACCUGGUUUAACAUCAAGCUUGGCAAUUGCAGAUUUCAUUUCUUCUAAAUUUUUGUGA